CGAUGCAACGAUUGCACGCUCUAAAAGAUUUAUAGAUAAAUGCAGUUCCCGGUGAAAAUAGAUAAAUGCCAGUGCUCAUACAUUUUCUACACAUUUCAAUAGACGCAACCGCACCGGCUGGACACGGCCCGGGACUGGACAUCCGCGGUUUUAAUUCAAAAUGCAGUGCCGUGGAACUAUAGUCCUUUUGUGCUUGAGUGUGGCAGCUGUCACCGCGGAUUUAGGGGUCAGCCUCAAGCUCUUAGGCAGGGUGUACGACAGCUGCGAGGGGUCCCAGGAGAUCGUCAAGUGUUUGAAGGUCAAAGCCGCAAAGUUCAUCGACCGAGCCGCCCGCGCGGAUAACCUCCCCAUCGUGGAAGGAGUCUCUCUAGUGAAGAAUGAGGGCGCGAAACGGGCGUUCCCUGCUUCGCUACCUGAUGGGGACCUCAAUGCCCUCCCGUCGGACCAAGUCGACAAAUAUCUCCAUCUUGCUACUACGAAGCUUCUGCAGACGCACCGAGUGGUGAUAUCCCCGACGAGCAUUGGAGGCGAUGUGGGCAGAUCCAUGAACGAGGCGCGGAGUAAGCUAAAGAAGAUGAUUGGACCGAUCAUCGCUGGUGUUGCUAUCAAGGGUGGUUUCCUCGCUAUCGCGUUCCAGGCCAUCGCUCUGAUCGCCGGUAAAGCUUUGCUGAUUGGUAAGAUUGCUCUGCUCCUGUCUGCAAUCAUCGGUUUGAAGAAAUUGGUGUCUGGUGGUGAAGCCCAUGAAAAGACUACGUAUGAGAUCGUGAAGCACCCGCAAGUGUCUCAGAGUCACACGUAUUCCUCUUCCCACUACGGCAGCGACUUCGACGCUACAGGACCUGGAGGUCACUACAGGAGGAGUGUGGAAGACGAGGCGGCUGCCCAGGAUAGGGCAUACAGAGCCUAUUCAAUGAAGCAGUAGACGAUACUUUAGGAAGGUUGGCUUACGACUCCAAAUACAAAAUUUACAACGACGACGGCAUUUCAAGCAUACCCAAAGCUUAUUUUUGAAUAGAGACAAACAUAAUCACUAACUUAUUUAUUUAUGAAACACAUAAUUAAACGAUACUAAUAACUAUAAUACUACGUUAAUGUAUUUACUCAGUAGUUACUGUAACGAUCAUUUAAUCAAUAUUUAGUGGAUUAUUUUACAAUGGCAUUAUUUAUGAAACUGUAAUCAAAAUGUAAAUAAGUAAGAGAAAAAUUGACAUUAUAUUUAUGCAUAUUCGCGCGUAUUUAAGUAUUAGAUAGUAACUAAAUAUGUAGUAAUAAUUGCACCAAAUAUAAUGUUGAUGUAU